UCGUAUGAGCGACGAGGGAGGCAGCAGCGGCGAGGAGAGGAGACUAAGAGAGGGGAGGAGGACGAGCCGAGCCACGGAGACGCAGUGGGGGCCCUCAGUCCGAGCACAUCGCCGCAGCGACGCAGCACAAUCUUCUUCCUCCCCCCCCCCCCCCCGAACCUCCCCCUUCUCUGUUUAUGUCGCCUCCUAGCCCACGCCGCCGACACGUAACCCGCUGCGUGUGGCUCAAGCCUCGCCAGCAUGGAGACGCAAACACGCACUGAAAUGUGAAGAUUCUUCUUUAUUUUUAAUUUUUUUUCUCUCGAGAAAGUGGACUCAACCUGACAACAUGAAGAAGUUCAACAUCAGGAAGGUGCUGGACGGCUUGAAGGAGGCGUCCUCCUCUUCCUCCUCCACCUUCUCCUCCUCCUCCACCCCGUCGGUGCAAGUGGGCCCGCAGGACAACCACCUGGUCCAGGAGAGCCUCCUGUCGGAGCACUUCCAGCUGUGCAAGACUGUCCGUCAUGGUUUUCCAUAUCAGCCGUCAUCCAUGGCCUUUGACCCUGUGCAGAAGAUACUGGCCAUCGGCACUCAGAGGGGAGCGCUCAGAUUGUUCGGUCGUCCCGGUGUGGAGAGUUACUGCCAACAUGAGAGUGAAGCGGCCGUCAUCCAGCUUCAGUUUCUCAUCAAUGAGGGAGCGCUUGUAAGUGCCCUGGCGGAUGACACAGUGCACCUGUGGAACCUGAGGCAGAAGAGACCAGCCAUCCUGCACUCGCUCAAGUUCAGCAAAGAGAGGAUAACCUUCUGCCACCUACCCUUCCAGAGUAAAUGGCUGUACAUCGGCACGGAACGGGGCAACGUCCACAUCGUCAACGUGGAGUCCUUUAUGCUCUCAGGCUAUGUCAUCAUGUGGAAUAAAGCCAUUGAACUGUCUUCCAAGGCUCACCCUGGACCAGUCGUCCAUAUCAGUGACAACCCCAUGGAUGAGGCAAAGCUCAUAAUUGGAUUCGAGUCUGGCAUCGUGGUCCUGUGGGAUCUGAAAUCAAAGAAGGCCGACUAUCGCUACACUUAUGAUGAGGCGAUCCACUCAGUUGCCUGGCACCACGAGGGCAAACAGUUCACCUGCAGUCACUCAGAUGGGACGUUGACCAUAUGGAACGUGAGAGGCCAGGGCAAACCCAUACAGACAAUCACCCCCCACGGAAAACAACCCAAGGAUGGAAAGAAGCCAGAGCCUUGUAAACCCAUUCUCAAAGUGGAGUACAAAACCACCAGGAUUGGGGAACCUUUCCUCAUCCUGUCUGGUGGUCUGUCCUACGACACGGUGGGCAGGCGGCCAUGUCUAACGGUCAUGCACGGGAAGAGCACGGCCGUCCUGGAGAUGGACUACCCUAUAGUGGACUUCCUCACGCUGUGUGAGACGCCGUACCCCAACGAUUUUCAGGAACCUUACGCCGUGGUGGUCCUCCUGGAAAAAGACUUGGUGGUGAUCGACCUCGCACAAAACGGUUACCCCAUCUUCGAGAAUCCCUACCCCCUGAGCAUCCACGAGUCCCCGGUGACCUGCUGCGAGUAUUUGGCCGACUGCCCCGUGGACCUCAUACCAGCACUUUACUCUGUGGGCUCUCGACAGAAGCGGCAAGGCUACAGCAAAAAGGAGUGGCCUAUCAGUGGGGGCAACUGGGGUCAAGGCACACAAAGCUACCCAGAGAUCAUCAUCACUGGGCAUGCUGAUGGAACAGUGAAGUUUUGGGAUGCCUCUGCAAUAAUGCUCCAGGUGCUCUACAAGCUGAAAACAGCCAAGGUGUUUGACAGGAACCGCUCCAAAGAGGACAAGGGCAGCACGGAGGUGUCGGAUGAAGACCCCUUCGCCAUUCAGCUCAUGACCUGGUGCCCCGAGAGUCGCAUGCUGUGUGUGGCCGGCGUGUCUGCAAACAUCAUCAUCUACCGCUUCAGCAAACUGGAAGUAACCACAGAGGUGGUGCAGCUACUAGAAGUGCGGAUGCAGUAUGAGCUGAACGACAUGGAGUCUCCAGAGGGCGGAAGCGGCGAGCAAACGUCGGCGGGUGCCUCCCCGCAGACAAGCGGUCCACCCUCUCACCCUUCCACCAGUAGCAACAACUCUGACGGAAGCAACAUGCCGUGCCUCAAGGUGCGCAGUACUCAGCUGAAGCAGUCUCCGGGUUACCAGGUAGACCUGGUGGUGCAGUUAGUGUGGGUGAGCGGAGAGCCUCCUCAUCAGAUCACAAGCCUGGCACUCAAUUCCUCCUACGGCCUGGUGGUGUUUGGUAACAGCAACGGUCUGGCCGUGGUGGACUACAUCCAGAAGACCAUAGUGCUAAACAUGGCCACGGUGGAGCUGUACGGCUCCAACGACCCGUACCAGAGACAACCACGCUCUCCGAGGAAGUCGAGACAGCCCUCCGGAGGACUGUGCGACAUCAACGAGGGAUCGGCCACGUCAGAGGACCGCUGCAAGUCUCCCACUUCAGUGUUGAUGACAAACAGCAAUCUCCAACAGUUCUACAAUGGAGCUGGUAGAGGAGCAAAGAUGUCACGGAAAUUAAGCUUGCCUACUGAGCUAAAGCCAGACUUGGUCCUCUUGUCUGUAUGCCCGCCCCGGGGUGCCAACCCUCUAGACCACCGGGACAACUCGUUCAGUCGCUCGCGCUCGUCCAGCGUCACCAGCAUCGACAAGGAAGCAAAAGAAGCCAUUAUCUCCUUCCAAUUCUGCGAGACCUUCGCCCGCAAGGGAGACAGCACUUUAUCGCCUUGCCUGUACGUGGGCACCUCCCUGGGCAGCGUGAUGGCUCUGGCCAUCACAUUGCCGCCUGCUGGGGAGCAGAGGCAACUGCAGCCUGUCAUCCUUUCACCCACAGGCAUGUUGAUCCGACUAAAGGGCAGCAUCAUGCAGCUGGCCUUCAUGGACUCCGCCGGUUCCCUUUUGCCCCCCGCCAAUGACCCGUGGUUCGAACCCAACUUCUCGGUGGACGGCGAGGAGCGCGAAAAGGUCCGCAAGCGUCGUCCCGUCUCGGUGUCUCCGUCCAGCUCGCAGGACCUGAACGAGGGCCAGUAUGCGGUGGCGUGCUCGGAGAAGCAGGCCAAGGUGCUCUCUCUGCCCACCCAGACGUGCAUCUACAAACACAGCAUCACAGAGACCUCCUUCAUCCUCCGUGCCGACGUGGUCCAGACGAGCCACGGCGUGUGCUUGGCAUGUUUCUGCGCUAACGGCCACAUCAUGACCCUCAGUUUACCAGGACUGAGACCCCUCAUGGACGUAAACUACCUGCCUCUGACGGACAUGAGGAUAGCCAGGACCUUCUGCUUCACCAACCUGGGCCAGGCCAUGUACAUGUGCUCCCCCACUGAGAUCCAGAGGAUCACUUACAGUCAGGACACCUGCGAGAACCUACAGGAAAUGCUUGGGGAAUUGUUUACGCCAGUGGAGACACCAGAGGCGCCCAACAGAGGGUUCUUCAAGGGUCUCUUUGGGGGAGGAGCACAGUCCCUGGACAGGGAGGAGCUAUUCGGGGAGUUGGCUGCCGGACGAGCAUCCCGAAGCCUGGCCCAGCACAUCCCGGGCCCAGGCGGCAUCGAGGGCAUGAAGGGGGCGGCAUCUGGCGUGGUGGGGGACCUGGCGCGAGCCCGGAUAGCGUUGGACGAGCGAGGGCAGAAAUUGGGCGAGCUGGAUGAGAGGACGGCCGCCAUGAUGGCCAGUGCAGACUCCUUUUCCAAGCACGCGCACGACAUGAUGCUGAAGUGCAAAGACAAGAAGUGGUACCAGUUCUGAUGGGCGGGACUCCUCAUCACCGCCAUGACCUCCCACCCUGCCGCCCGUCGUUAAUCCCUCCGAGACACUUGGGAUGCUCUUCCCUUUAGCACAACGUCCAUAUUGUUCUUAGCUCCGUCGUUCUCAGGCGGGAACUGAGGGAGACGCAGGGAAGUCGGACUCUUUUUAGUUUCCCUCCUCUCGGAACGCGCGUGGAGAGUUUUCAUUCUCAUUUGCCAAAACUGUCCUUAAAAAAAACUGAUGUCAGUAUUUCAAAGCUGGAACAGAGACACAUAAUAUUGUUGAAAUGUACAAAAAAAAAUCUAAAUACAUUAUAAUAUAUAAAAAAAGAAAUAUAUAUAUAAAAAUUGACAUAGGCAAAAGCUGUUUUUGAGAGCAGUACUAAAGUGAGGGCGCUGAUUGGAUGGAUGAAGGAAGGAGGCCCGCCCAUACAGGAAGUGACGCCUCCUCUAUGCAGAGUCACCUUUUUUUUUCUUUUUUUUUUUUUCCUCAACUUCCAGACUCUCCUGACAUGUUCUGGUUAUCCCUGUAUUUAUGGAUUAUUGUUUUGUCAAUAACACUGGAAAGCUCUUAUUUUUC